AUGACGACUCUGACUAAGAAGAGAACAAAGACAACUUGGAGAGAUCUUCCACCAGAACUGGCUAUCGAGAUACUAAGUCGAGUUCCUCUAUCAAAGAUACCACUUCUUUCGACAACCUCCAAGACACUCGACGGGUAUGUCAAGUCAAGAGCCAUCUACAAACAUUGGUCAAAAAUCUCUCGCAGUGAACCCGUCCUACACGUUUCUUUGAGCGAAUAUCUGCAUCAAAGCCGCUGGUUCUUACUCUCGAAAAAACCCUUGGAGAAGGAGUUUAUAUUACGCCCUCUUCCCGCUUUCUCUCCAAUACCUAUGUCUUUGAUGAACAGUUUUGUUGGAAUAGGUUCCAGAAUCUUCUCCAUUGGUGGGUCAGAGAUUCUGGUGGGAAAAUGGCGAAUUUAUGGCAGAAGAAUGUGUCUUGUACGGAGAGAUAAAUUUGGUAUGCGAAAAUUACGAUUGAAAGACGUCAAGAAGGAGAGAUUUGGGGGACCCUGA